AUGGAAACGGCGAAUAAGAAGAAGAAAGAGGCGGUUUUGGAUUUACCCAUUGCUUCAAAAUCGACAUACUUCUGGGUCCCUCAAAUUUUAUUCAAUUCAUUGCGGAACAGUGAGGAAAGGCAAAACACAACACUGGAAAAAAGACAAUACCCAUCUGGACAUGUCGAUAGGUUUGCAGAUCUGAUGGUAAAGGAUACAAAAACAGGACAAUGCUUUAGGUUAGACCAGCUCAAAAAGACAUAUUUGGAAAAGAUUUGCGCUGAUAAAGAAAAACUACAAAGUUAUGUUUAUAUCUAUAUACAACAUCCAACAGCUAUAGCCAAUUACAGGAUGGAUAAACAUGAAAAUAUAAAUAGAUGCAUGUAGUGGAUGUAUGUAGAGAAAGCUAAAAUGCUGCAAAACAGAACUGCGAGGAAAAAAGUGUUGUAGCUUUACCUACCCAGCAUUCAAAAAUCAGAGCGGCAUUAUUAUAUUUUAUAUCGAAGACCAACUUAGAUAAGCAUAACUGACACGCCCAUGGCGCGCAAGCCCUUAUAAUGACAGUGACAAAUAUAAAGGUGGAAGACUCAUAGAGUGAUGGAAGAAUUUUCAAGGCGACGGCGACGGGACGAAACUAAAAAAACUAUUGUGGACACAUCAACCGUAUCUACCCUUUGCCGGUGGCGACGGCGCGUCCUUUACGACGCAAGCGUCGGCCCAACCCCCAACAACAACCGGUAUGGAUUUUAGUCCGAUUCUGCCACCACUGCCGCCCCCGAGUAGAACAGCGUCGUCGGCGCCCCCGAUCAGCGGUGCCUGCCACACAUGGCUGAUGCUGCUGCCUGGCCCCAUCCUGCUGCUUACGAGGUAUUCACGCCAUCCUCACGUUGGUUUAGGUGAGUCACUCACGUCGCACACACCCUCCAACUACCUGCAGCCAUCAAUUUGCGGAUUUUCGGGAUGUAAGGUUUUAAGCGGCGGUUUUAGUGCCAUCGCGGUGCAGAAGAGAUAGGAUAGUUUCUGAUAAAAUUUCGUCGUUGCUAUUAAUAGUUUUGGUGUAUUUCGCCCCUCGAUGGUACCAGGUACUACAACCCCGUUAGCCGUUUCGUGUUGAUCUCCGCGUACGUCACGUUGCGUUAACAAAUAUCGUGUAUUCAAUUUGUACCUAUUUAUUGUGUUGAAUAUAUCCGUUGUAACUGAA